AUGUGGUACCUGGGCGGCUACAAAGAUUUCACUCUUGAUCCCAUUAAUUUUCCCGGGGAGAAGAUGAAGAAAUUUGUCAAUGCACUUCACCAGAAUGGUCAGAAAUAUGUGGUCCUGUUUGCUGCUUCUUCUUGUCGUGAUUUUUUUUUUGGAUUGGUGUUUCGCCGUUGUGUGAGUGGUGGUGGUGGUGUUGAGGGUGGUAGUGCUCUGGCGGAAGAAGGAGGAGGUGAAGAAGCAAUUGGAUAUGGUUACAGCAUCCAAUCCGUGAUUGGCGAUUCAUCGGGGAAGACGUUGACUGCUCAUCUUCAGCUCAUCAAUAAUUCCUCGAUUCUCGGUCCUGAUAUUCAAUUCCUCACCCUCACUGCCAGCUUCGAGACAAAGGACCGUUUGAGAAUCAGAGUUACAGAUGCCAACAAGCCAAGAUGGGAAAUCCCUCAAGAAGUCCUCCCCCGCCAAUCUUACUACCCACUCCGCCGUUACCUCACCGGGAACCACCCUUCACCGCCAAAAAACCACUGCAUUUUCCUCUCAGACCCCACCUCUGACCUCACCUUCACCCUCCUAAACACUACCCCAUUUGGGUUCGCCGUCAGCCGCCUCUCCUCCGGCGACACCCUCUUUAACACCAGCCCAGUAAACGAUGACCCCGAAACGUACCUCGUCUUCAAAGACCAGUAUCUUCAACUCUCUUCCGCUUUGCCACGUGAGACUUCCAAUCUUUAUGGCUUAGGGGAGCACACAAAGAGCUCAUUCAGGCUGCAGCACAACCAAACACUUACCCUGUGGAAUGCCAACAUUGCCAGUGAGACCCUUGAUCUCAACUUGUAUGGAUCUCACCCUUUCUACUUGGACGUCCGGUCCCCUCGUGGGACCAGUCAUGGAGUCUUGCUACUCAAUAGCAAUGGGAUGGAUAUUGUGUACACUGGAGAUAGGAUUACCUACAAGGUGAUUGGUGGAAUGCUUGACUUAUACUUCUUUGCUGGGCCAGCGCCAGAAAUGGUUAUGGAACAGUACACUGAGCUUAUCGGCCGCCCUGCACCUAUGCCUUAUUGGUCUUUUGGAUUUCAUCAGUGCCGCUGGGGUUACAAAGAUAUCUAUGACCUCGAGAAUGUGGUAGCUGGUUAUUUAGAAGCUAGAAUUCCCCUAGACGUUAUGUGGUCAGAUAUUGAUUACAUGGAUGGCUACAAAGAUUUCACUCUUGAUCCCAUUAAUUUUCCCGCGGAGAAGAUGGAGAAAUUUGUCAAUGCACUUCACCAGAAUGGUCAGAAAUAUGUGGUCAUCCUAGAUCCUGGCAUUAGUGUAAAUGAGACAUAUCCUACCUACACAAGAGGAAUGCAAGCUGACAUCUUCAUAAAGCGUAAUGGUGAACCUUACCUUGGCAAAGUUUGGCCUGGAUUUACCUACUUCCCAGACUUUCUGAACCCGUCCACUGGAAUAUAUUGGGGUAAUGAAAUCAAAAAAUUCUUUGAACUUCUCCCUGUUGAUGGCCUGUGGAUUGACAUGAAUGAGGUAGCCAAUUUCAUAACUUCACCUCCCAAUCCAUCUUCAACUCUUGAUAAUCCUCCCUAUAAGAUCAAUAGUGGUGGGAUUCAACGUCACAUUGGUGAGGAAACUAUACCUGCAACGUCACUACAUUUUAGCAACAUUACAGAGUAUAACGCACACAAUCUCUAUGGAUUUCUGGAAUCCAAAGCUACUAAUGAAGCCUUAAUCAAUGUAACUGGUAAAAGGCCAUUUGUGCUAAGCAGAUGUACUUUUGUGGGUUCUGGAAAGUACUCGGCUCACUGGACUGGAGACAAUGCUGCCACCUGGAGUGAUUUGGCAUACUCGAUCCCAGGCAUCUUGAAUUUUGGAAUAUUUGGAAUUCCAAUGGUUGGAGCCGACAUAUGUGGUUUUUUUGGGAACACGACUGAAGAACUUUGCCAGCGCUGGAUUCAGCUAGGGGCGUUCUAUCCCUUUGCAAGAGACCAUUCGGACAAGGAUGCCAUUCGUCAAGAGCUAUAUCUCUGGAAUUCAGUCACUACAACAGCCAGGAAAGUGUUAGGACUUCGUUACCGCCUAUUGCCUUACUUCUACACAUUGAUGUACGAGGCACACUCUAAAGGCAUACCCAUAGCAAGACCAAUUUUCUUCUCGUUUCCCCAGGAUUCAAACACUUACAACAUCAGCUCACAGUUUCUACUCGGUAAGGGGAUUUUGGUGUCACCUGUACUAGAGCCUGGGGCAGUUUCUGUGGAUGCGUAUUUUCCUGCAGGGAACUGGUUCAACCUCUUUGACUACUCACGCUCUGUGAAUUCACAAGGAAAUUAUAUCAAGCUUGAUGCACCUCCUGAUCAUAUCAAUGUGCAUGUUCAGGAAGGAAACAUAUUAGCCAUGCAAGGAGAAGCAAUGACAACACGAGAAGCUCGGAAAACUCCGUUCCAACUUUUGGUGGCAAUUAGCAGAAGAGAAAACAGCUCGGGGGAAGUUUUCUUAGAUGAUGGGGAGGAUAUGGAAAUGGGAGGCGACGGAGGAAAAUGGAGUUUGAUAAAAUUUAACAGUGGUAUAGUAAGGAAUAGAAUAAUACUAAGAUCUGAGGUUUUGAAUGAAGAAUUUGCUGUGAAUCAGAAGUGGAUUGUAGACAAGGUGACUUUUCUGGGAUUGAACAAAAGUUUCAACAAGAUUAAAAGAUAUAAUUUAGUUACUGGAACGGGAGUAAAAGAGAAUAGACGCUUGGAUAUAAGCAUUAAAGCCAACAGCAAUGGGUAUGUUAACGUGGAGAUAUCGAACCUGUCAAUUCUUGUGGGUAAAGAAUUUGUGUUGGAGAUUGCACCUAAGAAGUGA